UUGGUAGAAGUCAUCAAAAACUUGAGAACGUUUCAUUUUUUUUUUUUUUCAAUUUUAUCUUGUCUUCUAUGCUGCUCUGAAAUUUAUUUUUUCAAUCAAUCAAACAAUAUAUUAGUGAAUAAAUAGGAAAUAGUUUGGAAAAGUAAAGAUUUCGAUGAUGGGUCAGUUUACUAAGAGACAGUGGCUUACCCUCAUCGUUAUCAGUAUUGCUGACUUUGCUAAUGCCAUCUGUGUCUCACUCCAAGCUCCAUUCUAUCCCCAAGAGGCUGAGAAGAAAGGAGCAAGUCCAUCAGAAUAUGGUCUGGUGUUUGGAAUAUUUGAAUUAAUUGUCUUCCUCAUCAGUCCAGUAUAUGGACAAAAUUUAAAUAGAGUUGGACCAAAGCUGCUGUUUAAUGGUGGUAUUUUAACAACUGGCACAUGUGCUAUAUUCUUUGGUCUUUUGGACCGAGUUGAGGGUCAUUAUCCCUUUAUCGUACUCUCUUUCGUUAUAAGAAUAGUCGAAGCACUUGGUAAUGCUGCUUUUCUUACUGCCAGUUUUGCUAUUAUUGCCAAAGAAUUCCCAGAAAAUGUAGCCACGACAUUUGCGAGUUUGGAAACUUUCUUUGGAUUUGGACUUAUCGUUGGACCAACGAUGGGUGGUGCUUUAUAUCAGGCUGGUGGAUAUACCAUGCCAUUUGCUGUCUUAGGAUCAGCUUUGAUCAUAACAGCAAUCGCAACUGCUUUCGUUCUUCCUGUACAUAAUGAUUUAGAUCAAGAAUCUCAACAUUUCGGAGGAUACACUAGUGUUCUGAAAAUCCCAGGAGUCAUAGUGGCAACUGUUUCUAUAAUUGCAACAAGUAUGAGUAUAGGAUUUCUCCAGGCAACACUGGAACCCCAUUUGCGUCAGUUUGAAUUAAGUCCAGUAGUUUUGGGAUUAAUGUUUGUAAUUAAUGGAGGUACUUAUGCUGUUACUGCACCUUGUUGGGGUUGGCUAUGUGAUCGUCGUUUAAGACCCAAAAUUGUAACUAUUAGCGGUUGUAUAUUUGUAAUGAUCGGUUUUUGUUUGAUUGGCCCAGCGCCUUUCAUUCCAUCUCAAACACUCCUAUGGCUAACGAUUUGUGGACUGAUUAUCCAUGGACUAGGAUUAUCUGCUCAGUUGGUAGCAGCGUUUUCUGAUGCUCUGGCAACCACAGUAUCUUAUGGAUUCCCUAAUAACUUUGAAACUUAUGGGCUAAUAAGUGCUCUUUGGACGAGCUCUUUUGCUCUAGGUGCUUUUAUUGGUCCAAGUGUAGCUGGAAUUCUGUUAGAAAAUAUAGGUUUUCGGAAUGGAACAAUGUUUAUUGUGCUGUUUCACUUCUUGAUCGGUAUUACUGCAACGGUAUUUGUAAGCUGUUCUCGGGCUCCAAAACCUUAUACAGAAAUUGAUAGUGACGGGAAUAUACGAGGAUCAUUAGCUGAUAGCGGUAGAUCUCACAGUCCAAGUUUAUCUACUCGACAAGCUCAUAGUCAUCAAAAUGAAACCAUUGAUAGGCUUAGUAGUAUGAAUUCAUUAAUAGUUUGUAACAGCUAUUCUAAUCGAGCUGGAGGUUGGUCCCGAGCAUCCUACAGUGGUCGUUAUAGCCAUAGUUAUGGCUCAAUAGAAAAACGAUAUCUUUUAGAAAGAACGACGUAGAAUUUGGAUACUGUUAUGUUGGUGUUUUUGGAAUGGUUUUUUAAAUAUUCUGAGAUUGUGAAGUAAACGUGUUUAUAGCUGAUACUAUUAGCUAUUAAUGGACUUGAGACUUAAUUUUUUUUUUCACAUUUUAAUUACAUGUUAGCAUCCAAAAUUUUUAAAUCAAUUAGUUGAUCAUAAACGAGAAGAAAACAUUGAUUUUUUCUAAAUUGGACAAACUCUUAAAAGUGAGCAAAUUUUUUUGGCAUUUUGUCCAUUUGCAAAUUUUAUAUUUCAUUUAUCUGAUUAGAAGUCAUGCCAGUUAUUGAUAAAAUUACUUAAACAUGUACUGUAAUAUAUAAUUUUUUUUGAAGCGUUGAAUCAUAAGAAUUCAUAUCUUAAAAAUGAUUUUUUUCUACUUAAUCUCAGUAAAAGCAUAUGGAGCAGCUAUGACUUAUCAACAUAACAUAACCGAUAACAUGAUUUAAUAGCCUAACUAAUACCGACAAACAACUAGCAAAUUUUUAACGUUGACUGUUGCAAGUUCUCCGCAUGCAUAUUGAAUUCCUCUGCGUUUGCCGCACCUUCUCACGUGCAAUCCAACCCGUGACUAUUGUAACACGUCUAAAACUAUGUGCUUAGAAACUUCUGCCAAUGCUAUUAACGCCUUAGAAGUAUUUCAUUAACUGACAUUCCUUUAAUGACUCAUAAUAAAUACCUAAAAUGUGAAUUACUAGAACUUUAGAGGGUUUUAUGAAUUUUAUGAUGCGUGUAUGCCAAGAUCUUCUGGUGUGCAAAGAGUUGGAUCAAACAUCACGUACAUACAUACAUGCCAACGCAACAACGAACAUUCCCUAUUCUUUCUAAACCACCGUGUUCGCUCAUGUGCAUCGACCUGCCCGGAAGCUGUCGGCUAUUCUACAUAAUGCAUAACACAACAGUCUUCAUAUACCUUUAGAUUUUUUGAUAGAAAAAAUAUCGCCAUAUGUAUUAACUUUAUAAAAAAAAAUUAUUUUCCAAACAAUAUGCACAGUUUUUUUGUUUCAAAGUUUGAGAAUAUAAAAUUAAUUAUUUAUUAUGUUGUUGCAUUAAUUGGAGUUUUAAGACCUUUGAGUGAAGAAGGGGUUUAUUAUUUAUUCAAAGGGCAAAUUAUAAUUGAAAAUUUGACGAUUGUAAUUGAUAAAAUAAAUGAUUCAAAGAAAAAGGCAAAUUAACGCCUGCGAAUUUAUUCGUGUGCAUCGGCAUGUCCACAUUCUAUUUCGUUCUACGUAAUAACACAACACGAUUAGCAAAGUACUUUAUUUUCAUUAAUAGUAUAUACUUAAUCUUUUUAUCCACUUAAGAAGUCAUUGUCCUUAGCAUCUUUUAACAAGUUCAAGAGAUAGGAAAAAUGCUAGUUCAUUCAAUUCCCUGAUGUUUUUUUCUUUUACUGUAAUAAUACUACUUUUUUAGAGAGUUAAUUAACAAUUAAUCGCAUGAAUUAUUUGUAAUUAUACUUAAUGGUUGACAAAAUUGGAAUAUGGUCAAGACAAGUACGAAAAAAAAUGCGUUUUGUAAGGGUGAAAGGCUAAGUUGCUAUUUUUAUAAAACAUUUUGUAAUUGUUUUACUGUACUAGAUAAUUUUUCUACUCUUUAAACUUUCAGAACGAUUCAUUGUCCUGAUUAAUUGUUGCUUUUUAAAUCAUUACAAAUUGUAGUUUUUAUUAGAAAAAAUAAAUGAAGGUAAUCAAAAAAUGAUUAAUGAUGGCUAUUACUUUUGCUCUACAUG